AUGGGCAUUUGCCGUCAGUUCGUUCCAGGAAUCGAUGUUCCAGCCGAGGUAGUUCUUGCAACAACCUGUACUUUCUUCGUCAGCACACUGUGUAACCCCAUUAUCUAUUCUAUCCGUAAAGGAGAAUUCCGUACCGCAGUAAAGAAAGUAUUCAGAUUGAUUGGAGUUUGUAUUUAGGUUCCAUUGACAAUGAAACUUUUGGGGCCACUACCAGUCACAAAGGAGACAAAAUAUAACUUAGAGACUUGGCACAAACAUCAAAACCUUUGCAGCUUCUGAGAGACAAAAUUGUCAUCUAACGUACGUUCACUGUGAAAGAAAGAAGAGGUAGUAACGCUACUUAGAAUUGUGGCAAACUCUUAAUCGAGCAGCAUGAUGAAUGAUAACCAUCACUAAGAGGCCAUUUUAUCAAUGCGGCGGUGGACUAACCUGGGUAAAAAGAGAAAAGAUGGGCAAAAUAGGGCGCGCAAAUAGCACAUGAGAAUGUAUCCUUACUCUACUCCAUGGCGCAUUCCUCGUGUUUUCACGCGUUUGAUUUAAUUAAUUUUUUCCGUUUAGAGCAGGUUUGCAUUGGACUGGAAUAGUUCCUUAAAAAAAGACAUCAGGAAAAGAACGCGAAAUCGAACAGAACACCAUAUUUUCUCUGACUUUUAAGGUUUGCACUCGGGUAAAUUAAGGAGCCAAAACACCAGUAAAUUAAUUUAGUAGUGUUUUUUUUUUGUUUCAGUUGGUUAAAAACAGUUUUGUCCGACAAAGUAAACCGGUUGUAAACCAUUUUGCUUUUUGUUUCAAAUUUCGCUUUUCCCCUUGUUUCCAUAGCAACUUCCGUAUUGCAUUCUACAACCUCUAUCCGGACUCAAUAGGCUUGUUAGCAUUCCUAAUCGACCAAUCAGAAACGCUCUACAGUCUGUAUGUUGUUAAGUAUAUUGUAAGCUACAAAACACCGCAGUACAGAUAUUCAUUUCUAGGGCAAUUACCCUGCUUGUUUAUCAAGGCGAAAAAUGUCAUAUUUUCUUGACGAAAUAUCAAACUACGAUGAGAUCUCGACCGUUCACUCGUUUUCAACACACUCUGAGCAUUAAUUAACAAAUAAAUGACAUGAAUGGAAAUGUAUGAAAUGACUCAUAUUUUGAACUGGGGAGAAAGAUAUGAAGGUGGAAAUGAGGUUCAUUUCCACUUUCAUUUCAAAUAAUUGACUAACAGUUAAUCAACCUAUUAAUCUAACAAAGAUAACUUGAAUAGCAGUAAAUAGGGAAUAUCUAAGCCUCUUUCACUAGCAAGUAAAACUACUACUAAGAAAAAGUUGAUUUGGACCUAAGAUACACGCAACUGAAGGAAUUCCUGCCCGAGAUUCUUGUCUGUCCGGCAUUUUUCAGUCUUGAAAACCGUGCACAAUUAAGGUUCCAGUAACACUUGCUUCCGUUUUCAAACAUUUUGCCACUAAUGGGUCAUGGCAUCCGUGGUGAGUUUCAAGAACCAGAAUUCGACUUAUCGGGGCAAAUUGUGAUCAACGGCAACGAAAUUUAGUUCGCGUUAUUGGGGAAUUCGAAUUAUCGGAGUUUCAGUAAACUGAGUCUGAGUAUAAAUAGCUGAAAAGUGAGGUGAACGUUCAAAUUUUGUCUCGUGACUUUGUCCAGUAUUUGGAAGCAAAUAACCCAUUCUUGCCGAGUGGGUGAAACCAGGAGCUCUUGCAAGUGAAAGUGGUAACCUAGUCCUCGACAACCACCCCCAAAGGGCUUUCGCUUAGAUGGAAUGGCUCUUCAAUUAAUAGUUCAAAAUUUUGCCUUAUAGUUAUUUAACAAUGUACGUUAAAAAAAAUGAGAACAGUUGAUAAAAAUCGGUUUGAAUCCCGUUGAAGUCCCCAAAAUUUUUCGGGUUAAUUUGCAAUUGCUUAAAUUUGAAUUACCACUGCGACGAUCAUAUCUUCAUUUGAAAAAAAAAAAAAGGUAUUUAAUUUAACUGAUUCAAGACAAUUUACAAUAUCAGCUGCCACAAAACGGCGCUAGACAACUUUUGAAUCAUGACAAUAAAAAAAAAAUAAAUAACAAUAUAACAAACAUAAAAAAGUUGUUGAUGGGAGAAAAGCCACAAAAUAUUUUAGAAUUUUUUGGAAAGCUUAACCAUCCCGUUUCUAAAAAGUAUCUAUAAUCAAUGAAGUUAAAAGGGAGUGGAGUGGCAUAUGGAAAACGCUAUUUUUUGCCCCUUUUCUUUCCUGUUUUGUUUUUGUUUGCCUUUUUUUUUUUGCUCUCUCACAAAAAAGUAGUUCUCCAAAUUAUAGGCGUUUUCGAUCAUAUUUAUUAUAUUCUACGGGUUUUUUUUAAUUGGAUGAAUCUCACUAUUUGUUGAGAUAUCACAGUAAAUUGUUAGGUAGCCUGAGCAUGUAAUUUAACGAGAUUAGAAUGGCAUAGGAAGAACGAUUCAGUAUUAUAAUUUAAAGAUUACAGUUGCUUUACAAUUUACCUCAAGAUAAGAAAAUGACAGUGAAUCAAAAGAAAACAGUUUAUACUUAAGGAUAAAAGGUAAUUAGUUGAGAAAUGGACCUAAAAUUAAAGGUGCGCUCGUCAUUAAAUAUUCAGCUGAUCGAAGGGGGAAGUGAACGUUUUUACUUAUUAUAAACGAUUGCUGUUUUGCAGUGAUCAGAGAUUGUUUCUUCACUGUUUCUUCUUCCUUCAAAAAUGAUUUUCAUUGUUUCAAAGAGAUUAAAAAACAAAACCAAACAACCAAAAAAACCCUAAAUAUAUAUUUUCUAAAGAAAACAAAAGUGAAAAAGAACAGAAACUAAGCUUUCAGGAAUUUUACAAGAUUUUCCAUAUGUUACUCCCUGCGUUUUAGUUACAGUGUGGGACCAACUUCCGUCCACGUAAUCGGCUAAAGAAAAGAAAUGACGCAAAUUGUAUAAGAAAAUAUUCAAAUCAGUUGUAAAAAGUACAUACAUUUGAGAAAAUUAACUCACUUUGGUUGCUUCACUCGUAACGUUCAAGCAAAUUACAUUACUUGUAUGUACGAAACUCCAGCCAUGAGCUUUCCUCAAGUAAUAGCAGCCUUCCACGCACUUUUCGACGCGAUCGGUCUUCCUGGUAAUUUAUUGGUCAUAGUGACGAUCAUCCUCGAAUCAAGAUUUCAUGUGAUGCGAUAUAUUUUACUGGCAAGUCUCGCUUUAUCAGACUUUCUUCUGUUGGUCCUCGUCAACUCAUUCCGCAUCAAAAGCAUAGCACAAGAACAUUGGUUAUAUGGCCAAACAAUGUGCUAUCUCAACCCAUUCUUUGUCAGAUACUUCUACAUCAACACGGUUCUUCACUUGCUAGCAGUGUCUUAUGAUCGAUACCUAGCGAUUGUCAAGUCGCCUUUGACGUACCAUGGCACCAUUACAAAAACCAGAGUAGCAUUUAUGGCACUUAUCUGGAUAAUCCCGAUUCCACUUUCCAUCGGUCCAUUCCUUGGUUGGGGAAAGUACGUUUACAACCCAGAGGUGUUCUUCUGCGAGCAGGGAUGGGCUGAGCAGAGUGAUUCCACAAGAGGAAACAUGAUCGUUUUACCGAUCGCGACGUUUAUUGUGCCAUUCUUGGUCAUCGUAUUUCUGAACGGGUCUGUGUACAAGGCGGCGCGAAGGCAGAUAAACGCCAUUGACGUCCAAGUGGCUGAUGCUGAAAACCCUCAGCAGCAAGAGAUCGUAUCGAGGAGGCUGAACGACCGCAAGGCAGCUGUCGAUGUCACCAUCAUCAUCUCUGCGUUCGUUCUGUGCUAUCUCCCAGGCUGGCUUAUGGGCAUUUGCCGUCAGUUCGUUCCAGGAAUCGAUGUCCCGGCCGAGGUAGUUCUUGCAACAACUUGUACUUUCUUCGUCAGCACACUGUGUAACCCGAUCAUCUAUUCUAUCCGCAAACGAGAAUUCCGUACCGCAUUAAAGAAAGUAUUCAGAGUGAUUGGAGUUUGUGAUUGUAUUUAG